AUGCGUCGGACGUCAGCUAUUGCACAUACUAGGUGCCAGAUAUCCCAGGUGCCAUGCAUACCAGGUCAAAAAGAAAAAAAGAAAAAAAAGGAGAUUCCACUUGGCACCGAAGCCAGGACCGAAACCAGGACCAACACGGACAACAGUAAAGACAGAAAGGGAGGGAGUAAAAUGGUGAUGCGGAAAUGGUCGGACAAGACAUUUCCAAAUCCCAGAAAGCACUCCAACCUCCCAACCUCCAACCUCCCGAGCACGCGAGCACGCGAACAAAACUAUUCUUCGCGAAAGAAACACAAAAAUUGGACAGUCUUUUGGUAUGCUCUGAUGUGA